AGAUCAUGCGCACAGACAGCACCAGGUGCAGGCCGGCUCUGUGGACUACAAUGACUUUUGUGAGCUGGCAAACAUGCAGUCGCUGGACUGGCCUCACAGUGUGCUGCCAAAGCAUCAAGUUUGACAUGUUUCAGGUGCUCUGAAAUGAUACAGUAGCACAAAAGCAGGUUACACAUGAAGAACUGAAUGAGAACAGCACAUUGUGUUUGUACAUGACCAGAUCAUUUAUGUGUCAUGUUUUACUUCAAUUCACACAAACACAAGGACAAACACAAAGACCGAGAACACAAAGAGCACAAGAGAGACAAGGAGCGAGGAAACUGGAAGAACUGCCACAGUGAGCACAAAAGCUGUUCUGAGAAGAAGCAUCGAGAGAAAGAGAAAGAAAAAGAGCGGCUCAAGCACAAAGAAAAGCAAAAAGAAGAAAAGUUUCAUAGCUCUGAUGGGAAAUAUCGAGAUAAAGAGAAUGGCUUUGUAAGCUCUCUGUCAAUUAAAGUGGAAGAGGACACUGGCUAUCAUCACCCCAUCAAACAUGAGAAAGCACUCAAGAGAGAGCGGGAUGAAGACGACAGGUAUGAACACAAACCCAAAAAGGUAAAAGUGGACAACGAGAAGAAAGUGAAAAAACGCAAACAGGAGGAAGAUGACGGUGGUUUUGAGGAGAGGGAGGAAAAGAAACCAAAGAAGAGGACGAAAGAGGUCAAGAAAGACACCACUGGAGGGAAGAAGAAAGCCAAAAACGAGCCGGAGGAGAAGUGGAAAUGGUGGGAAGAGGAGAAAUGCACAGAUGGCUCCAAAUGGAGGUUUCUGGAGCACAAAGGGCCCGUGUUUCCCCCACCGUAUGAACCCCUGCCAGACCGUGUCAGGUUUCAUUAUGAUGGAAAGGCCAUGAAACUGAGCCCUGGCGCAGAGGAAGUGGCCACGUUUUACGCUAAAAUGCUUGACCAUGAGUACACAACUAAAGACAUAUUUAGAAAGAACUUCUUUAAAGAUUGGAGGAAGGAAAUGACGUCAGAGGAGAAGUCAAAAAUCACAGAGCUGAAGAAGUGUGACUUCACUGAGAUGCACGAGUACUUUAAAGCGCAAUCCGAGGCCAGAAAACAGAUGUCAAAAGAGGAGAAACAGAAAAUCAAAGAAGAGAACGAGCGCAUUCUGCAGGAGUACGGAUACUGCGUCAUGGACAACCACAGGGAGCGGAUCGGGAACUUCCGGAUCGAGCCGCCGGGUCUGUUCCGCGGCCGCGGGGAUCAUCCUAAGAUGGGCAAACUGAAACGCCGCAUCCGCCCCGAGGACAUCAUCAUCAACUGCAGCAAAGAUUCAGUUCACCCUAAAGCGCCUCCAGGCACCAGGUGGAAGGAAGUUCGUCAUGAUAAUAAAGUCACGUGGCUGGUGUCGUGGACGGAGAAAAUUCAGGGCUCCAUCAAAUACAUCAUGCUCAACCCCAGCUCCAGAAUCAAGGGAGAGAAGGACUGGCAGAAGUACGAGACGGCGCGGCGGCUGAAGAAGAUCGUGGAGCGCAUCCGAGCGCAGUACCGCGAGGACUGGAGGAGCAAGGAGAUGAGGAUCAGACAGAGAGCCGUCGCUCUGUACUUCAUUGACAAGUUGGCUCUGAGGGCCGGGAAUGAGAAGGACGAGGGGGAGACGGCAGAUACAGUGGGCUGCUGCUCUCUGCGUGUGGAGCACAUCAGACUGCACCCUCAGAUGGAUGGACAGGACUACGUGGUGGAGCUGGACUUCCCGGGAAAAGACUCCAUCCGUUACUACAACAAAGUCUCCGUGGAGAAAAGAGUCUUUAAAAACCUUCAGUUGUUCCUUGAAAACAAGCAGGCGAAAGAUGAUUUGUUUGACCGCCUCAAUACAUCAAUUCUGAAUAAACAUCUCCAGGAGUUGAUGGAUGGGUUGACGGCGAAAGUGUUUCGCACUUAUAAUGCGUCCAUUACCCUCCAGCAGCAGCUCAAAGAACUGACCAGCUCUGAUGAUAACAUCCCUGAGAAGAUCCUCUCGUAUAACAGAGCGAACCGCGCUGUGGCUGUUCUCUGCAACCACCAGAGGGCGCCACCAAAAACCUUUGAGAAAUCCAUGCACAAUUUACAGACCAAGAUAGACGAGAAAAAGAAACAGCUCUCUGCUGCCAAGAAGGAACUUAAAGCAGCCAAAGCCGACGCCAAGACGCUUCGCGAUGAGAAGAGUAAAAGGGUGGUGGAGACGAAGAAGAAGGCAGUGCAGAGGAUAUCUGAGCAGCUGAUGAAGCUGGAGGUUCAGGCCACAGAUCGUGAGGAGAAUAAACAGAUUGCAUUAGGCACAUCUAAACUCAACUACCUGGACCCGCGAAUCUCAGUCGCCUGGUGCAAAAAAUUGGGAGUUCCCAUUGAGAAGAUCUACAACAAAACACAGCGAGAAAAGUUUGCCUGGGCUAUCGACAUGACAGAUGAGGACUUUGAGUUUUAAAGCUUUUAUUUUAUUGUUGUUAUUUUGAUGAAUUGUUUAUCAAGGUGAUUUAGCACAAGGUAAAAAAUACAGAGCAAGCCAGUAGUUUCUCUCAAAAUGAGGGUCUACAUCAGUUCAGUGGUUAUUUGUUUAACUUUUUUGAAAACAGAAGAGGGCCUGAUACUGAGCCUUGCUGAACACCAUGUCUUUAUUCAAGAAAGGCUGUAAUUGUUCCAUAUCAUGCCUUGUUUGUUAGUAUCCUUUGGUUUUAGCCUUCAGAUUUAUUGAUGAAUUGUAUAUUUUCAUAGAAAAAAUCAUGAAAUACUGCAACCCCUGCGAUCCGUAAAUGAAAAAUUGUGUAUAAAAUUGAGUACAUUUUUUUUUAGCUGGCAUACAUAAAGAAAAGCAAACAGAGGCUUUAAUGUCAUGGUGAGGCAAUGCAACAAAAUGCGAAUAUAGUCUUUUUCUUUUUUUUUAUGUUCCUAUAAGGGAUGUACAUUUUUUUUCAUGUGUGCAAAGAAAUGUAUUUUAUCAAAAGAAUAUGAUUUUAAGUAUAGCCAUUAUUCCUGUGUAUCCUGUUUAGCAUUUCUUUUUAUUAUGAAAUUUAAUUUCUGUGCAUUUGCUGUGGUAUAACAGUUUCUCAUGAAAGUAAAUUAUUAUGUUGCACAGCACUAGUUUAUAUGACAGCUUGAUUAUUCCAUUUGGUAACUCCUUAAACUAUGAAUCCAUAAAUGAAAAAGUCCAUCAUAUGCACUGUCACUAGAAAAAUAUGAUGAAUUUGAUGUAUUAGGUAAUUUACUUUUUAAUUUGAAGUCUUGUAAGGCCUUGUGCACAGUUUUUAAAAAAGAUUAUAGAUAUGAGAAGCAGAUAGUCUUUUUAAAAAUUUUAUCCAUCUUUCACCCAAGUUCACAGCCGUGUUUUAUUUUAAAAAGUAAGAAGAAACUUACCUUAAAGAAUUUUUUUAUACCAACCGAGGAAAGGGCCGUUUCUGUAGGACUGCUUUUUUGUAUAUUUUAAAUGGUUAUAAAUUACACUGAAGUCAUAUGGUACCUGGUUAGCGCUCAGACAUUGAUAUAAAUGUUAUAUGCAAGAUUAAUAACAUCAUUAAACACCAUUUUUCUGUCAUUUAUUGGGCAGUAUAACAAUGUAAGCUUGAAUGUUGAUUUUGCUUUGCGUUAUUGUAGUAGGACAUUAUCAGGUUACACAGUCCUUUUGUGAAGGUUAUGUAUUCAGUGUAAUUAUUGACAGUUUAACCGUACAUUAACUCUUAGUGUAAGCCAAGUUUAGUUUAAGAUUGAUUUGUAAGUCUUUUAAUUUAUAUAGACAGUAAUUUAAUGAAAGAGAAAUGUGUAUGUAAUUUAAAUGAUAUUGGGUCUUGAAUGCGGGAAACUGAAGUGAAUGAAAAUACAAUGCUCGGUACUUGGUAUGAGACAAUAUUUGAGAGAAAAAUACUAGCGCCCUAUGUAGCAAAAGGACAGAUUUACACAUACCUGCAGCAUAUAGAAAUAUGGAAUAAUUUCAUCUAAAGAGGGUUUUUCUUGUUAAAAUGUUUGUUUAUUAACAUUAUAUGCCUAGAAUAAAGGUUUUAAGAUCGUA